AUGCCGCCGCAAAAGCAGGAUAAGAAGAAAGGAGGACAGUCAGCUCCUCGAACAGAUCCCUUCAUUGGAUCCAGGCUUGUGCUCGGGCUGACUUCUCACAAUAUUAACGAUUUCCUGCCUGAGAAAGACAUUGCUUUAGUGAUGUUUUACGAUCCAAAUGACCCACAAUGUGAGUGGUCUAAGAAGCAUUUUCUCAAGGCGGCCAAGACAACCGUCAGAGAAAACCACGCCUAUGCGGCCAUCGACUGCACCCAGCAGGAUGAACUGUGCGAGACGGAAGGAGUCACUUCUCUUCCAUCUUUCAAGCUCUAUUCAAAGGGCAAGGUGUUUGGCGUCUACGACAGACCUAGAGAGUUUGUCUAUUUCACGAUGAGGAAGUUCGUCGAGAACGCUCCGCUGCUAACAGAACCCCAGCGCCCUAAACGGCCAUGUUGA